AUGUGGGCAAUUGGUGCUUAUCCAGUAGGGUGUAAAGAUAGUAAAAUUGAAUUGGUUUUAUUUGUUCUUGCGAAUUCUGAUGAUUAUAAUUUGGAGACCUAUGCUAAAUUUGAGAAAUAUUUUCUUUACUCCGUUGGAGGUAAAAUUGUUCCUGGAGUUUAUGGUGGAAAAAAAAGACCAAAGAUAACCGUUUCUGUUUCAACUUGUAUAGGUAAUUUUAAUCAAGAUGAUAAAUUUGGUAAAUGUCCAUUAAAAGUUUUUUUUGUAGGAGUUCCUCAAGAGUUACCUUAUAUAGUAGAUAAUGAUAGAAAUGUUAUUUUUAAAUUUAUUAAUUUGAAGAGUUUAGUUCGUCUACUUAACUCGCUUGUUUUUGUUGUUAGACAGAUGGAAGUUUUUGAUAAUGAUUUUUAUGUGUACACAAAGGAUAUUAAUUAUGUCAAUACACAUUUUUCUCCUAAGCUGAGUACUUUUGAUAGUAGUAAUUCAAAUAAUUAUUCUGAUAUUUCUAAUAUGACUUGGGCACAACUUUUGUCUAUUUAUCAUAAUAUUAUUGGAAGUUUAAAAGAAACUUUAGAUGCUGAAUUAUUUUCUUCUAUAUCUUUACAUAUUGAAUGUUCUGAAGAUUUUAUUUCUGAUACUGAUAACAUUGAUAGUUGUGCUUUUAAGGUUGAUGAUGUUAUUGAUGUAGAUGAGGUAGUUCAGGAUGGUGAGAUUAAAAGUGUUGUUAAAAGAGAUAAAGAAUGA